ACAUCUGGUGACUCUUCUCAAAGAUAAACUUCGAAUGGUGAGGUAAUAAGAAGGCAGAGAACAAGGAGGCAGACAGAGACAAUGAUGAUAACAACAACUUCAAAAAACUGCAGCACGUGAUGGCUCAUCCUUUAAUCUUCUGUUUGAGGUAGGUAGGAAGAAGGCAAGGGUUUUCUGUCAUCACGUCAGGAGGCCGCCCUUCGCCCCAUCGCCCCAGUCACCAUUGAAGCCUUACGAUAACAACACCGCCUCACUCUACGCCACACAUUCCCUGCGGCAGCGACUCCGGCAGGACGUGUUGGGAAAGGUGUGCCAAGUCUCCUCUGCACCGCCACGUUUCGCCAGGUGAGCACCACACACCUGUGGACCCACGUGCCGUUGACCCAUUGACCACCACCCUAAAGCAGCCACGCACGUCCUCACCUGAGCUCGCGAGUCACCUGAGAUCCCUGUCCUGAUCCACAAAGGUGGGCGCGCCUACUACUGCUGUUCCUACUAGUGGUGAGCCCCGCCUCCGCCGGGCCCGUCAGGGAGAGGAGGACGCACCGUCCCGCCACACACGCCCGACACACAAGCCUAGAGUGGCAGAUCACACAACAGAGACUCAGGAGAUCCGAGCCACGCCAUCACUCUAGCAGCAGUAGCAGCAGUAGAGGAGGAAGCAGGUACAGCAGCAUGGGAGACAGCCCCGAUGACGCGACCAGCAGCAGGAGCCGUAGGAUGGCGACGUUUCACUGGUCGCAGCCAUGCACAGGGCUGGUCAAGAACCCCGACAACACCCAGCGGGACCUGAGCAGGCACAUCCUGCACGAGUUGUCCACGGCCCACAGCUUCUUGAUCGACUUCAGGAUUAAAUACGCGCAGUCAGCGAUGGACUCCACCCAGGAUAAUGCGUGGGAGGCCCUCCUCACUGAGACACAAUUCAAGUACGAUUUCCUGAACGCCGCUGCGCCAGAAAACCCAAAUGACUUCAACUCGCAGCUGCUGCACGCCUACGAAAAGAUGCAGCGGCUGGCAGUGGGGCAUCGAGCAGGUGACGCUGGACCAGGCGCUCUACGAGGGCGAUCUGCUGCAAGACUUCCGCACUAUAGAGACGCAUAUUGUCAAAAUCUUGUGCCAGCUUCACUACGCCAUGGUGCACCAGGAACUGAAGCCCCCGAUGAACGUGACGAAGGAGAUCAUGGACGAGAGCUACCGAGACCUGGAUGGCACCUCGGCACGGAUCAUGAGGGACUCCGCCAUCGUGGUGGAAUAUAACAAAGCUAUCGACCAUCUGAAAGAUAUCUUCGUCACUUUUGAGACCCAGUGACUCCCCUUUAUUGCCCCGCCAUUCUGAGUCCUUCGUCGCCCCUCUCCUCCUCCUCUUCCUCAUCUUUGUCCCACAACCCCAUCGCCAACAAGCGACCUCAUACAAUACUCGUCACGCCUCCGACCGACCCACCCUCCGCAAACUCCAAGAAACAAGUGAUGUGAGGCGGGGUGACGGAAGGAGGCGUCUCUGUCACAAGGAGGAAUAAAAGGAAGGUACCCAAGUGUUCCUGCAACAGAAAACCAAGUCAAACGAAGCAUAUUAUCAGGAUUUAAGAUGGAGCUUAAACUCAGAAAAUCAGUGUCGUCGGUUUAUUUACAAGUUCCACAAGUCGUGUUUCAGUUGUUCACCAGUAUUGUUAGUUGUCCCGCGAGUCGAGGGUGAGUCACCCAUCCCUCGAGUGACUCGCUCACCCCGGCAUCGGAAAUUCAAAGAGCUAAAGUACUCGAAAGAAAAAUGAUAAACAAGAACACGACGACCUCCAAGCGUCAGGUACUGCUUGUGAUCGCUGAGUCCCGUGCGUUGUUUAGACAAUAAGCAGUAUAGUGGAAGAAAAUGUUACUCGUUUCAAUCAACUUUAACAAGAGUCAUUCGUGUACUUAUACUUUGUCGGUAAUGAUUCAAGAGAAUAAACUGUGAUAUAUUUAUUCUAUAACUUAUAGUAUUUAUUUUUAUUUUAUUACGACUUUUUCAUUGAUGCUGUAACUACUACUACUACUACAAACAACCACUACUACUUACUCUACUACUAUUACUACUACGCCUACUACUACAAAUCACUACUGUCAUUCGUGUCUUUGGUCGAUGAGCAGUUUGUUCCUACGAAAUGUUAUAAUAUCCUCUUGCUCAAGCGUCGCCAUCCUCCUGUCUCACUAUUGGCUCUGACACACGUCGCCUGUGUUCCGAUUGGCUGGCUGGUCCCCUUCCAUGUGUCCUGUAUUAUUUGUUAAAUUUGUGUUAUCGCUGAGCUGUAGGUGAAUGUUGUUGUUGUCGUUGUUCUUAAUUAUGUUGUGUUAGAUUGUUUAGUUUUUUAAUUAUUUUUUUUUCUGUAGGCUGACACUGCUCAGGCACGGCCAUUACUGGACCACUGACUGUUCGUAUACAUACAUAAAUACAUGUAUAUAUAUGGAAGGAAGCAUUAGGGGGACAGAGGGCAGUCGGUAAAACUUGAAGCUUUACCACGUCAGCGUCCCUCCCUCAGUAUUUCUCACGUAUAAGAUUCUCAUAAAGCGUUAAGAGCAUGUGGGGACUGGUUGCAAUGUUCCUGCCACAAGACAGAUCUGAUAGUUACUACCUUUAUCUUAUGUCAAAAGUCUAAGGUUGAUUGUUUGGCUGAUUGCUUGCUCGAUGGAUGGAUUCAUCGAGUGUGUGUGUGUGAGUGUGUGUGGUGUGUGAAUGUGAAUGAGUGAGUGUGGCUGUUGGUUCCCAGGGUGAGGGUACCUGGAGGCUCCUCAUUUCUUGGCUCACAUUGUUUCCUCACAGUUUGGAGGCUAAAAUUCUCUGUUAAAACCUUCAUAUCCUCGUGUUAGCAUGCACGUGUUUGAUCGGGAAAAUUUGUAAGGCUGGACUUUAAAAAAAAAAUCAUAACAUUUUGUCUCAUUAAUUUGUUUCGGUACCCUUGUAAGCACCAAACCUUACUUUCUCUGUCAGCAUGACGGCGGUGCGCAAGUCCAGCGAUGUAGAAACAUUCCCAACAUUCCAAGAGUUCUGGUUUUCACUCUAUCUUAGUAGGCGUCCAUGGGAUUAAUUUUUAAGUCAGUGAGCCGUGUGAGCCCCCUCCUCCCCUUGCCCUGCGCCAGCCUCCCUCACGACUCUGAGUGACUCAAACGCUGGACUCACUGAGGACGGACUGGGCAGGAAUUUAUCCUCACACACACACACACACACACACACACACACACACACACACACACACACACACACACACACACACACACACACACACACACACACACACACACACACACAGUUUUCUUAAGACUUAGAUAUGUUAACUUUUUUUUUCACUCGUUUAUUCCUUCUCUCCUCUCUCUCUCUCUCUCUCUCUCUCUCUCUCUCUCUCUCUCUCUCUCUCUCUCUCUCUCUCUCUCUCUUCCGCCUCCCAGCAUCCCCAGAGUCCCAAAGUCUGCCCCCCUCCCCCUCUAGACACUCAACAGUGGAGCAGCAGCCUUCGUAGCUCUUGUGUUGUAGAUUUUUUAUACCUAUAUUUAUUGUUUGUAUAUUUUAAAUAAAUUAAAUGUCCAUAUAUAUCUA